AUUUUUUUUUUUCAAUAAGCGCCCGUAUUCGCCAACAGGUAGACGUCGUUAUCGCGCACGAUCGUUUUCCUCCGUCUCCGUCGCCGAAGUGCCGAAUAUUUAUAUGAUAUUAUAUUAUUAUUGUUUUUACCGUCAAUGGCGUUAAGUGCAAUAUGAACACCUAAUACCAUUAAUCGACAGUUCACCGCCGCCAUCGUUUUAUUGGUUUUUUUUUUAUGAUCGUUCGUCAUGUUAACAGUGCUGCUGUCGUCGCAAGUGCGUGCCAAUGGUUCCGAUAUUUAGUCUAGGCUUUUGGUUUUCGUGACGAUAUAAUGUCACGAAUGUCGCGCGAUACGUAGUAUGUUAUUAUAAUAUAAAUAGAUUCGUGUGGUUUACCUAUAUUAUAGAAUUUUUUUCCUAGGUUGCUCCCCCUAGGUAGCGAUUUCCCGCGUGAGCCCGCAGUGAUGAGAAAAUGUUUAUUAUAUUAUAUCAAUUGCGCAUCGCGUCAUGCAAAUGUAGUGCCCGCGUUAUAUUGAAAUUGUGUUAAUGCCCGGCGAACGUGUAACAGCUACCGUUGCUCUUCGUCCGCGAACUAAUAAAGUGUCCGUUUUUUCGGCCUGAACGAUUGUCCCUGGAAAGUGAUCAAACGCCUACAGCUUCGUGGACAAUGGCAAACCCAAGAAAGUUUAGCGAAAAGAUCGCUUUGCACAAUCAGAAACAAGCUGAGGAAACCGCUGCUUUCGAGAAAAUCAUGCGCGAAGUGUCUGAUGCCACUACCGUCAAGUUACUGGCUAACGGUUGUGAAGAAGUAGUUGUUAAUCCAAAUCAACAAGCUCGAGGUCGACCAGUUGGUUACAGAGAGCGUGGCCGUAGUGUUGGUUCAGUGGGCCCAAUGAGAUCAGAAAAACGAUCGGCUGAUAAGUCACCUUACUCUAGCGGACCUUAUUUAUCACCUCCUCCACCUGAUACCAGCUGGAGGCGUACUCAUUCAGAUUCAGCUUUACAUCAAAGUGUGUCGCAGAGCAGUUCUACUGAAUCGUUGGCUCAUCUACAUAGUCCAGGAUCUCAGCGCAGAACCUUGAUUGAUAACCAGCAGUAUGAUAAGAAAAGGUAUUUGUCAGCAUCACCGGAUAAAAGACCUAGGUCUUGUUGUGACGUACCUAGAGUUCCUGGAAUUCACGUUUUUACCACUCAACAAGAACCAGGCGUUGUUCAAAUACCCAUUGGUAACAAUACUGGUUCAUUACCAGACCUCACUAACUUUCAGUUUUCUCAGCCUAUCCAUGCUCCUCUUGAUCAGGACGACCAGUAUAACUUAUCAUCUCCUUAUAAUAGCAACCAGAGUCCACUAACGACAGAUGGUUGUAGUCCACAAGGUUCUCAAGGCUCUCAAGGUACUCCGAGCCAGAGUCCAAGUGUCCUAUCCCCAGUAUCAAUUAACAGCCGUACACCACCUACACGGUUUUCAUUUACAAGUUCACCACCACCUGAUUCUCCUACCCAAACUACUGUGGUCACUUGUGACAUUGUGUUACCAAAUCACCUUAGUGUUCCUUACUUUAUGAACCAUAGGUUACAACGCACAUGUAAGGGAUUUACUGUAGAUAAUAGUCCAGGAAAUGGUAAUUCAGGAGAGAACUGCAAUAAUAACAUUAAAAUGCAAAUGUUGGGUCAAAAUUCAAACAUGAACUGUGUAACUGGUCAAAUGAAUGGCAUAAAAAUGAACCCUGUACAAACACUUAUGUAUCAGCAUAUUCCAUUGUCACCAGCACAACAACAAACUCACCAGUCAUGUGGUCUUGUUGAUGGUCAAACUGAAAUAAAUUCCUCACAUUUAAACAUAGGAAAUUCCCAAAUUAACAAUAUAAAUACAUUAGGAUCAUAUAGAAAUCAACAAUCUAACAGGCCAAGUCCACAAUCAUCUCCAGGACUUACAAUUCAAUAUGGAAGUUCCAGUCCAUUGUGUGGUAGUCCACAGAGCCCAUCCUCCCCUAGCAGUUCUUCAGUUAGUAGCACUAAUCAACAUCAAAACUAUCAAACGCAAAAAGAUUUUUAUUCAAAUCUGACACAGACUAACAAUCUUCAACACCAUUUUGAAAAUUUCUCUAUGGAUAUGAUGCUGGACUGGAAUCAGGUGAUGCAAUCGCUAAAAGAUUCAAAUCCAUCAGCUUGGAUAACUGCCGAAAUCCAGCUUGAUAGUCCUGUGUCUACAGGAUUGGAAUACAUAGGCUCUCCCACUAACACAUACUUGCAACAGAAUGAGGAAUAUGUGAAUUCAGAAAUGACAGCUGAUAUGGGAUAUUUUAGCACUUCACCAUCUCAGUCUCUCCAAUUCCCCAACCAAACUCAUACAACACCUAAUACUCCUUCCAGUAUUCCUGACAUAAUACUUACAGAUUUUUCUAAUGGAGAUCAAUUGGAUAACCAAAACGAUUUUGUGAAAGAAUUAAAUUCCACAAACGCAUUUGAUACUGACUUCUUCACCAACGAAGAUAGCAUUAGGCAGGGUCUUGUUGAUCAGAUUGAUCUAGAUCACUUGGAACAUUUACAAAUGUUAGCUGAACCAAUCAAUGAUGAAUCAACUAACAAUGACCAUAAUGGUCACUUUCAAAUGUAACUAAUUAUAUUGAGAUUUUUUUAUUAUUUUUUUUUUAUCUGUGAUUAAUUGAUAAUAUGUAUUCUUAGAAAUGGAUAGUAAUAGUUAUUAUUUUUAUCACACAAAAGUGCCAGGACAUGUUAAUUAUAAUUAAGCUGUUGUAAUUUUUUUUCUUGCUAUUUUCUUUUUUCAGUGCCAAAGACUUAAAUUUAUACUUUUUUCUUAUUACAUUAAAUUUGUGUUGUUUUUUAUGUAGUUACCAUACUCUAAUCAUCAUUGCAUUUUAUAACUAAUGUUAUACCUUUUUCAUAUUUCUGGAUUUUUUUAUAAAUAUAUUAUAAUGUAUUGCACAAAUUUAAAUAUCCGUAGCUGCCGAAUCACAAUUUUAGAACCUAUGGUGCAUAUAUUGUAAGGUUAAUAUGACAAAUAUGUAUUUUUUAUACAGUAUAUAUUUAAUACUUAAUUAUAAUAUAAUGUUAAUAAAUUCCCUCUCCCACCCUUAAUCGUUUUUGUAAUAUAAUAUUUUUUUUUAUUAAUAAAAUAUUAAAUUUUACAAUUAAAAGACAAA